GCUGUGCGUUCAGCGGCGGCGGUUGUGUGCUGCUGCUGCUGCUUGGUGGCGCUUGGCGUGGUGUGGAGAGGAGGCGGAGGAGGAGGAGGAGAGGUGGGGAUCGUGGACGGAGACAUGGUACACAAAGCUGGAAGCGCUGCUGCUGCAGGCGUGCAAAGGACACUGCUUGCCGCAGAGGAGGACCAGCAACAGCAAGCACACACAUUUAAUGAUGAUGAUGGUGGUGGUGGUGGUGGUGGUGAGAGGGUGAGCAAGAGAUUAGAUCGGCAAGGCUGGGAACAAAGAGGAAAGGUGGAUCAGGAAGAGCUUUGGGGUGCAGCGGAAGAGCGACGUACAAGGGGAAGGGGUGGACCAAGUGCACAGCGCAGCGAUCCUGCACAGGACGCUGAACAUAGGGACCGCAGAGAUGCCACAGAUGUGGAGGAUUGGACGCUGAACAACGACGACAUUCUCAACGACAACGAGGACAAGUACCCGGUCUCCCCCGUACGCCCCAAGCGGUAUUGGCCACACCACGACCUCAAGAAGGACGGGCUGUACCCGCGGCUCAUUGGCAUUGGGUGCCAGAAGUGCGGCACGUCGAGCCUGGCCGUGUACUUGGGGUACGUGGAAGGGUUCCUCAUGUCGGGGGUGAAGGAGGUGCACGCGUUCCGCGGCGAUCACACGCACGAGCAAUUUGCCCGCGAUCCAUUUGGGGCCGGCCGCCGCUGGAUGCUCAAGAGCAUGAACUGGUACCAGAGCAAGUGGAACAAGCGAGGCCUGUCAAUUGAGUGUGACCUGAAGAAGUUCCACUGCCAGGGAAACGCUGAGCGGGACAUGGUUCCGUUUGAGAUCACGCCCCGGUACCUGACAGACUACCGCGUGCCCUUCAACAUGUGGGAAUCGCUGCCCUCGCCGCGGCAGAUGCGGUUUGUGGUGAUGUUGCGCAACCCGACGUCACGCACGUGGAGCGCAUUCUUCCAGACGAUGAAGCAGCGCGACACCAGCCGCGAGCUGUUUGUGGCGCAGACGCGGGAGGAGCUGGCCAUGCUGCACGCGUGCUACAACUCCACCAUCGGGCUCACCAUGCAAGAUGAGGACAUCAGCGCAGGCCGCAAGCCGCCGACGAUGAACGACCUCCACCUCUGCCGGGACCCGCGCAGCGUGUACCGCGAGUUGCAGACGUGUGUGGAGAAGCACAACGCCCACGACGACCACCCGUGGUUCCUGCAUUACACACAAUUUGCCAGCAACGACGAAGUGCCGCUCAACCUGCGUGUCCAAUAUGAGGGGCUCACCAUGCGUGGCCUGUACGCUGACCAGAUUUUCAACUUCCUCUGCGCCGGCUUUUGGCCAGAGCAGCUGCUCAUCAUGACCGCAGGAGAGCUGCGGCACGAUGCGCGGACGGCGGUACAGCGUGUGACCGACUUUAUGGGGGUGCCCUUCCAGCCGACAAACGAAAAGUGGUUUGACAAGGGCGUGUCACGCAUGAAGAAGUCUGCAGGCCCAAUACCAGAGGACGUGGUGGCGGAGCUGCGGCAGCUGUUUGCGUUGCACAACCGCGUGCUCAUGCGCUUGCUGCUCAACAACAACUUCAACGUCAACGCGCCGUUCUUGCUCAAGGAGUUUGGGCUCCACGACGACCCAGAGUUUGCCCAGCACAUGCGCUGAUGUGUUUGUGUGUGUGUGUGUGUGCGUGUGUGUGCGUGCAUGUGUGUGUGUGCGUGCGUGCGUGCGCGCGUGCGUGUGCGUGUGUGCAUGUGUUGAUGUAGGUAUACUUGGUCGGCGUUGGGCCGUCAAAGACGCAUGUCAAAGAGAUCUAGGGUAAACUUGGUACACUUGAGA